CGUUCAUCGAUCGGAAGUCGCUCUAUGUAGAUCGAUAUCUCUCUUUACAAAACAAACUUCUUCUGCUACAGAGUCUGGUGUAGAAACACGAUAGUUCACCACCGACAGGGGGGAAAUAACCUCACACGCCGCGUGCAACCCCAGGCGGCAGAUUCCAACCAACGGAUCAACGGCAGGCGUAACCCACCCCCGCCCGGAGAAGAGUGUGUAAUGUGAAAUCCUCGCGUGGAGAUUUUUUCAGUGCAUUUUUAUUGGUCGAUUUUUACAUUUAGUAAACACAGCAACUCGUGAACAGUUUCUCUGUUAGCACCUUCUGUUAGUUACAGAUUUCUGAGUCAUUUGUUGAUAAUGGGAUAAAAAUCGCGUUUUUAUUUUUGUUUUUUGUGGUGACGAUUCAGCUGUGUGGUUUCAAGGACAAUUGAAAAAAAAUGCCCGUACGGAGAGGUCAUGUCGCCCCACCAAACAUCUUCAUUGAUACAAUAAUCCGGAAAUUUGAUGGUCAAAACAGGAAGUUUGUGAUUGCCAACGCUCAGAUAGAGACCUAUCCCAUCAUCUUCUGUAACGAUGGGUUCUGUGAACUCACCGGGUACUCGCGAGCGGAGGUCAUGCAGAAAUCGUGUCUGUGCGAGUUUCUACACGGACCCACGACGAGCACGUACUCGAUACUGCAGAUGAAGGAGGCCCUCCGCGGGACGGAAGAAAAGCAGGUGGAAGUCAUGUACACACGCAAGGAUGGCAGCCUGUUUCUAUGCAGUGUUCUCAUUGCACCUGUCAAAAAUGAGCAGGGAGAAAUCAUUAUGUUCAUCAUCAACUACGAAGACAUAACGGAUGCUCCCCUGAAGAAUGAAAUUGCCAAAAAUUUCAAAAAUAACAACAUAAGUCGACAUCGAAGUUUUAAGCUCCGCCUCCCUUCCAUUCGUCGUGACAUCAAUUGUAAGACUAAGUGCAUCAGUCUACGAUCUCAGGACCCUGAGGACCCAGACCGUGAUGACUUCCCACCCCAGCUCCCCGUCCCCCGGGGGUCUCUCCCCCCAAACUCCCCACCUGCACAGGUCAGGAACAUGGAGAGGGAGACACAGGAUAAAGCGGGAAUCCCCAGACGCGCGUCGUCAAUGGAGGCGCUGGAUAAACAAGGAGUUCCCAAGGCAGACUCCCACAAUUCAAUGGAUGGGUUUAUACGGAGAAAACAUCGACGUGAGCGGGCUAAUACGAUAGGGUCAUGGGGGAUGGGGAAUCUGUUCAGAGCCAACGUCAUCAACCAAGCCUCCAGCGAUUCCCAGCUCGCCAAGCAUCGCACAAAGUUCACGGACAGCAUGAACGAUCUGGACGGAGAUUUACACACGGACAAGGAGGGGGGACCAGGCAAAGAUAACCGGGGACCAAUCUUCCUGUCUAAUGUCGCCAAUAUGAAGCACAAUGUGUCCGAGAAAGUAGCACAGGUUCUGUCCCUUGGAGCAGAUGUGCUACCUGAAUACAAGCUACAGUCCCCUAAGAUACACAAGUUCACCAUUCUACACUACUCCCCAUUCAAGGCUGUGUGGGAUUGGAUAAUCCUUCUCCUAGUCAUCUACACUGCCAUCUUUACCCCUUAUGCUGCUGCGUUUGUCCUCAGUGAGGAGAAGAAGAAGCCCUCCAAUCAGAGCAUCCAAAGUCGAUACAGUGAUCCGCUGACCAUUAUCGACCUCAUAGUGGACAUCAUGUUUAUUGUGGACAUUCUGAUCAACUUCCGCACGACGUACGUCAACAAAAACGACGAGGUGGUCAGUGACCCGGGUAAAAUCAUGGUCCACUACUUCAAAGGGUGGUUCCUUAUUGACGUGGUGGCGGCCAUACCAUUUGAUCUCCUGUUGUUUGGAUCUGAGACAGAUGAGACAACAACACUGAUAGGACUUCUAAAAACAGCCCGUUUAUUACGACUGGUCAGGGUCGCUCGCAAGCUUGAUCGCUACUCAGAAUAUGGAGCUGCAGUACUAAUGCUUCUCAUGCUGGUCUUUGCGUUAAUUGCUCACUGGCUAGCCUGCAUUUGGUACGCCAUCGGUAACAUGGAACGCCCUAUGUUAGGAGACCUUAAGAUAGGCUGGUUAGACGAACUAGCCCGACAGACUCACCAGAAAUAUGUAAAUGGGACAGGAGGGCCAACCAUCAAAUCUAAGUAUGUGACGGCCCUUUACUUCACCUUUAGCAGUCUUACCAGUGUGGGAUUUGGAAACGUGUCCCCGAAUACAAACUCGGAGAAAAUUUUCUCCAUCCUCAUCAUGUUGAUUGGGUCUCUAAUGUAUGCCAGUAUCUUUGGUAAUGUUUCCGCCAUCAUCCAGAGGUUGUACUCCGGAACAUCCAGAUACCAUGUCCACAUGUUACGGAUCAAGGAGUUCAUCCGAUUUCACCAGGUUCCUAAUCCGCUACGACAGAGACUGGAGGAAUACUUCCAGCAUUCCUGGUCCUACACCAACGGCAUAGACAUGAAUAUGGUGUUGAAGAGUUUUCCUGAAUGCCUCCAGGCAGACAUCUGUUUACAUCUCAAUAAAAACCUCAUCAAUAAUUGCCCAGCAUUCAAAGGGGCCAGUCCGGGAUGUUUGAGAGCCUUGUCUAUGAAGUUUAAGACGACACACGUUCCCCCCGGGGACACCCUGGUUCACCGCGGUGACGUACUAACGGCUCUGUAUUUUGUGUCCAGGGGCUCCAUAGAAAUCCUCAGGGAUGACAUCGUGGUCGCUAUUUUAGGUAAAGACGACAUAUUUGGCGAGAACCUUUGUCGCUAUGAGACGGUCGGUAAGUCCAGCUGUAAUGUACGAGCUCUGACCUAUUGUGACCUUCAUAAGAUUCACCGUGACGACCUACUUGAAAUCCUGGACAUGUAUCCAGAAUUCACCGAACACUUCGUCAGGAAUCUAGAAGUCACCUUUGACCUCCGCGAUGUUGAUUUGGAUCAAUGGCGAGAGGAGACGGACAUGGGAAGGGCGAACGCACUGAGAAGACGGAAAAAUAUACGAUCUUACCACUCCGAUACAGGGAGUGCAGGUCGCGAUGACGUUUCACACGAAUACAAAUUCCAACCAUCGAGAUCGAGGCGUCUUCGUCGUGACAAACUCAGCGAGGACGGGCCGACAGUGUCAAUGUCCUUUGAGGAUUCUUCUGAUGAGGAGAUCCGAGAAAGUGGGGCAGGGAUCCUGGAAUUUUCCCCAGCCAAGGCGGGGAUGGAUGUCACACCUGCGACAUUUUCCGAGUUUAAUAGGAAAGAGGACAGGAAACAGACUUCUGGUUUCUCCUCUAUCGCAGGCGCGUUUGCCAAUGUCAAUAACCUUGUCAGUGCUGUGACAGGUCGCUGUGACAGCGGGAAGUCUAGUGAACCGGAUAUGACCCCUCUACUAGAGGAACACAAAGCUCAGCCAAAAAGACAAUCGAGUUCCAGUGUGCCAAAGUCUACGUCCUCCAUGACGAUUCCUGUCUCCACCCCCUCCCCCCUAUCAGACGACCUCCGUCACUCUGGGGAGAACGGGACCCUCAUUCCACGACCGUCUUUCAGUCACUACGAGCAAUCCCAGCACUCCCAGGAAAUGGAGAGAAGAAUGGAGGAUCUGGCCAGACAACUGACAAGGCUAGAGAACAAAAUGAACUCAGACAUUGCCAUGAUUCUCCACAUCCUACAGUCCCAGAACGGGGACCGUGGUUACCAUGGUGAUGGGACGACUACCCCCCUGUCUGACAACCCGCCCCCUAACUACAGCCACGUGAACAGCCCCUCAGAGUCAGAGGAAACGUUUACACACGGGGCCAUGUUCCAAAGACAAGAAAGAGUGACAGAGGAGGAGUCUCCAUGGGAACGACGGUUAGAGGACAUGUACGUGUCCCCAUUGUCUGGUCACGAGGCUUCCAUAGCAACAAGUUCAGAAACACCUGAAACAACCAAUCAGAAAACAGGACACAAACAGAAUCUUCCCACAGCUGAAAAAUACCAAAAUGUCUACCCUCCUAUGGAAGGGAGAGCACCACUAGUGGAGGAAGAGAUUUCUCUCCUAGGACCAGAGUUAUCUGCCCCUGUAGUGGAGGAAGAGUUAUCCUCCCUGGCACAGGAGAGGGCAGAACGAGACAGACUGGGGAUAGUUCUUGGUGACAGCUGUGAAGGUGACAUGGCAGGGUCAGUGGUUAAAGGAUCAGAGGACAAAAAUGUAGACCCUGGAAAGACUAAGGGGGGUGAUGUGCAAGAGGGAGAAUCCGUCAGUAGGAGGCCGGACACGUCUGGUGGAGAUUACCUGUAUUCCGACUUCUCGCCACAAACCAGAAGGAGGCUGGGAAUUCCCUUAGACAUAGACCCCAAGCAGACAUUUGUAUAAAUAUAACUAUGAAUUAUUCCUAACAUUUAGUGGCCAAAAGAAACAAACCAAGUACUUAUUGUCCGUUGUUUGGAUAAAUCACGGUCUCUAGAAAAGUGAGGUGCAGUGCAGAAGGAUGAGAAUGAGUGAAUCUGAUGGGAAAUUUUACUUCUUAAAAGUGUUGCCCAGUUCAAGGCUGUGAUUGAGAUGUUACUGGUUGGGUGCAAAUCUUGUGAUAAUUAUGUGUUUGAGAAUGAAAAUGUGUGUAAAAGUUUGUGGUUGUACAAAACACAGGAAUUAAGCUUUGAGCGAAGAUAAAAGAUAAGAAUGUUGUGUUUGUAAACACUAAGUGUGGUCAUUUAUAUGAAAUUGACUUCUGUGUUGUUAAGUUCACUAAGCUUCAGAGAGCCUUUAAGAAAAAUCUGACUUUUGACCUCUAAGUAAGACCUGACCUUUACUGUACGUAAAGCAAGGAUACUCCUUAUUUAUAUGUCCUAAUAUCUGGUCUAAACUUAAAAAAAAAAAAAACCAACAGGGCCACAGAUACAUGUAAUUCAGUACCCCAAAUAUAAAUCAUACUUCUGCAGUUAAUUGAGUGCCCCAAUGAAAAGAAUAGGGCUACGGUAAAUUGAGUUCCCCAUUGUAGAGUAUAUAUAUAGGGACUCAAUUGAGUACCCUAAUUUACAUGUAACUAAAGCGUACUUCUGCCAAGUUCUGCAGUUAAUUGAGUGUCCCUAUGUAAAGCUUAACUGUCAAUACCCUAGUGUAAAGCUGAUACAAUUUUUUUUCCAAUGAGGAUUCACAGAUUUCCUGGUUCACUUAGCUGGAAGUGCAAAACAGCCAAAAAGACCACAUGCAGAAAUGUUUUAGAUGAAAAUAAAACUUCACUGUGUAUGGGAGAAAACUGAAUUUGAAAAAGAUGAAAGAAUAUAUGUGUGGAUUUUAUAUUUACGUUUUAGAUGAAAAUAUAACUUCACUGUGCACGGGAGAAAAUUGAAUUUGAAAAAAUGAAAGAAUGAAUGUGUGGAUGUUAUAUUUACGUUUUAGAUGAAAAUAUAACUACACUGUGUGUUAUGAAGUAUUAGAAGUGAAUGAAUGUGUGGAUUUAACUUACUUUUAUAGUGUAUGUUAAUGUUGACACUCAUCUUUAGACUGUGAUGACUAGAACUGCAAUCAUUCUACAUGUAGCUGUACAGUUAACUUUUUGAUUUGAAAAUGUUUGCAAAACCGUUAUGAUUUCAGAGUAGUGCUGCAAGUUUAGAGAGAAUAUGUGAAAAUUUUGAUGCUCCUUAACACAGAACCCCCAAGUCAUUCCCCUAAUAAUUAUUUGUACAUUACGUACUUAAUAUGUUAUGUAUAUAAUUAUAUAUUUAGUAAUCAAUUAGAAAUAUAUUAAAAAGUGUUACACUGACA